AUGUGCGCCGGCGCAGCAAACACCCUCUGGGAUUAUCUGCAAAGGGACAACUACGCGAACACAAAAUAUCUGGUUGGACAUGCCAUGGAUGGUAUUGCCCUAAAUGUCAUUGCCAAUGUCCCAAAUUUCUUCAUCAAUGCCCUCUUGACUCGCUGGGCUGCCUCUAGCAGCACAUCCGAUGCAUGCGGUCAGAAGGACGAUGCCACUUACGCUGCGGACGCGGCAAGUUCAAUCUAUCAAUUUUGUCUGGCUAUCCAAAAUGAAAAGAUGGAAGAUACGGCUACGCGUUAUGAUGCCAUGGACUCCGAAGACUCGUCCACUCGACCAGCCGGAAUGCAAGGCCUAGCCAAAUACUUCAUAUCACAACAGGCUGAAACUUGGGCACCUGUUUGCAGGGAUUAUGGAAUUGUUUGGAGACGCAGGUUGCUGCAAAGCUUCAGGUCGUUGACUGGGUUUUGGUCAGCAAGGGAGUAG